CCGAGCGAGGUCACGGCCGGGCUGGCUGGAGCGAAGUCUCCGCGCUUGCGGCGCCCUUCGUGGGUCAGGCCAGCUCUCACCCACGCCCAGCACCAUGUCCCGGAACCUGCGCACCGCGCUUCUUUUCGGCGGUUUCUUCUCCUUGGUCGGCGCCGCCUUCUACCCCAUCUACUUCCGGCCCCUAAUGAGGCUGGAGGAAUACCAGAAGGAACAAGCUAUAAAUCGGGCUGGGAUCGUUCAAGAAGAUGUGCAGCCACCAGGAAAUGAGAAGGCUGUCACCAGCUCUGAUUACAAAAGUAGACAUCUUCAUGCUUUCGACUCUGCUUCGAGUGCAAUAAAUCACUUCACUAUGGAAGGGUGGCUGGAGAAGAAAACCCUGUCAUGCCAUCAAUAAGAGUACUUGUUAUGAAAGCCUGUGCACCAGGAUUAGGAUUUCCCUUCUUAAAUAUCAAAAGAACCCUGGAACACAUUACUCCAUUAGGAAGGUUUGCAUAAUUUGGUUGACUUUCCAAAAAUAAGCUGUCUUG